AUGAAGCUAUGGAAUUUGCUUUCAUCCUUGAUCAUUCCAAGCGCUUCGCUGGAAGGUCAAAUGUCCGAUUCUGGCAUUACCAAUCAGUUGACACUCGAGAGAGAGCUGCCUGGUAUCUGCAACCGACUCUUUCAAGAGAUUGGAUCACAGCAAUCGGAAUGGACCUAUCAAAAAUGUCUUGCCAUUGACUUACUGCAAGCCGGGGUAGACGAGGUUCACACGGAAGUCAAGCUACCAUUGACCUACAAGGGUCAAGUGGUUGGUAAUAGGCGUGCUGACAUGAUCGUUGAGUUGGCCUCAGGUGAAAAGGCGAUUAUCGAACUCAAGGCUAUAGAACAAAUUCGGCUCCUGCAUCGAGUGCAGUUGGAGUAUUACAUGUAUUAUGCCAACAUUCCGGAAGGUUAUCUUGUCAAUUUUCCACAUGACGACGGCUUGCCGAGUGUUACCGACAGAUGCGAAUUUGACUAUCAAGUCCUGGCUGGUGGUA